AUGUCGAACCGAUUUUCCGUCUAUUCUAGUCAUUCAGCUGGCUUUUCCACAAGUGGUCCCCGACCCGGAAACCAGGGUGCGUCCCCGGUGUCAACGACGACCUUGCUGAAUGCCUUACAUGCGUUCUAUAACUCUGGGCAACCUUAUCAGCUGGAUGUAGGGACAAGUUUGGUCGUGAACACCUGGCUUACCGCCAGUCAGAAAACGCCCGAUGGCCACAGUGCUGCUAUUAUUGAUCGGGAAUUGGCCGUCAGAGCGUGGGAGCAUGCUAGGAGAAGAGCGGAGGACGGUUGUAUCGUUCUAAGCUCGGCUCAUCAAUCGACUCCCUCCGUCUUCGAACCUUUCCUUGCCGCCGUGCCUUUGCCCACUCCCAACAUCGCUUUCACGGCCCUCGCCGCUCUCCGGCCGUUUUUUUCCGCUGUCACAUCCUUCAAUCCUUCGUAUUCCCUAUACUCUGCUCUUGCCGCUUCCUACACUUUUACACUGCAAGGGAGCCUUGUCGGAUUGUCCUUUGCGCUCUCGACUUCGGGCAUCAAUGUGCGCAAAGGACUGUUGGAUAUCCCUUCUGAAUCAGGAUUCCGUGCGUUCGACGUAUUUUACUACCUGCUGACAUCUGCGUCGACGCCGGCAGAGCGAGAGUUUCUAGCUCUCAAGGAUGCCUCCACGUAUGCCUUGCUUCGCAAGUCCGGGACAUACUCGCCUCCAUCUUAUCUGCCCACUGCCGACGAUGCGGCGGCUGCGGAGGAUUUUCGAGCAUCCUUGAAGGCCAUCGGCAUCAAGGGCGCUGCGUAUCGCGGCUUGCUCUCGGUCCUCGCCGGCCUGCUGAAGCUCGGCAAUGCGGCUGGCUUCCUGGUCGAUCAGGAAGUUCUGGAAGAUGUAUGCGAGGAAGUUGGCGAACUUUUAGGGGUAGAUCCAGAAAUUCUUCUUCACAAGUGCUCCACCGACGACCGUGAGGUAUUGAUUUCGGGCAUUUAUGAAGCGCUGGUUGAUUGGGUCAUGGCCAAGGCCAAUGAGGUUAUCGCGAGUGAGCUCCGAACAAGCCACGGGGGUGACUCGGGCAGCGGAUCAGCCGGUCAGUGGUCCGAGGAGGACACUGUUGGUAUCACCGUGGUCGAUAUCCCUAGGCCCGUAUUUGGCAAGGCUGUGGCAAUGAGGAGUGUUUUUGAUGAUACCCUCGGCAUCAAUGCAGAGAUGAAGGAGGAUGGCGUACAGGCUCCCCUUGUCGGACAGUCUGUGCUCAAUGACUUGAACAGCUCCGUGGCACAGGUCGAGUCCGAUCUCGGAAUCACAACCGGUGCAGCCUGGCACGAACGAGAAUAUGAGCUCGACAAGAGACAACAGGUCCUGGAAAAGGUUGGGCUAGAGGUUGACAUGGACUCAUUCCUCCGGCAAUUGCUUUUCCCCGCAGAGUCUGAAGGAAUCACUGUCGGUAAGAAAGGGCGGUUCGACCUCGCGACCACGCUGGGAAGUAGUAGAGUAUGGCAUCACAUCUCGAUCCAUCCAACUGACGACUCCCCUAAUACCUUGAACCCUGCGAUGCCUACAGCCGCCUGGUCUGCGGGUGCUGUUUCCAGCCAACUACGUGAUUGGAGACUCGCCGAAUGGGCCAAUCGACGUCUCAAACAGAUGGACUUUACGGCCGACUUCGACGUCGAGGAGUUUGUGAAUCGAUAUGCGCGGCUGGGUUGCAGAGAAGGAAGAGAUGGCGUGGAGAGCUGGCUUAUGGAAAGAGGUUGGACCAACGGUGACGCCUUCGUCGGUCACCAGCGUGUCUGGAUGCGGGAGAAUGCCUGGUGGGAAGCGGAGACCAUGCUCGAUCUCAAACCAGAUGAAGCUCCCAACGCCUACAUGUAUGCCAAUAACAUGUUCGACAAUGCGUUCUCACAAUACCCGGCCACCCCCAUGGCAGAGUCCACCAGUCUCCUUGGUAGUCGGGAUAAUCUCAUGCAGAGGCAGAGCAUGCUGGCUCCCAGCGUCAUGGGCGGAGCCAAGUCCAUCGCCCCUAGCGUACCUCAUACCGUGAACAUGGCUGGCGAUUACGGCCUGGGAACCAAGGGCGAUACAAAAAAGUGGGAAAAUCAGCUUUACGAUGGCGAUAACGGCCAAUACAACGGCGAGCUCGACCCCGAAUUCGGUAAAAAUAAGCACAUCGAGAAAAAGGAGAUCACGUUUGGUCGGCGAGUCUGGGCUGGCUUUGUCUGGGCCUUGACUUUCUGGAUUCCCUCCUUUGUCCUUCGUUACAUUGGCCGCAUGAAACGACCGGACGUGCGCAUGGCCUGGAGGGAGAAGCUAGUUCUCGUCUUCAUCAUCCUCUUCUUCAAUGCCGUCGUUUGCUUCUAUAUUAUGGCCUUUGGUGACCUCCUUUGCCCGAACAAGGACAAAGUAUGGAAUACUAGAGAAGUUGGAUACCAUCAGGGGGAUGAUGAUUACUUCGUUAGCAUCCAUGGUAAAGUGUACGACAUCAGCAAGUUUUGGAGGAUCCAGCACAGUGACACUGCAUUCGAGACAACCGCAUCUGCCAUGGACCCCUUCAGGGGGCAGAAUCUGGAUCCUUAUUUUCCUCCUCCCUUGACACGAUUUUGCUCACCAAUGGUCACCGACUUGUCGAUCACCCUCAGCUACAAUGAGACCUUUGUCGAAUACCCCGGUUCGGUGCACUCUUCAGGUCCCCGGCUGCAAGCCGAUCCGACCACUAAAUUGCAUAACAUCACUUGGUACGAGGAUAUCUUCCUGCCAAAGAUCCGGCAAUAUUAUAAGGGAGAUCUGGUUUGGACAAGAGACACCGUCAAGAGACAAGCCAAUGACGAUCAGCGAUAUUGGGUCAUCAAGGACCAGAAUGUCUAUGAUCUAACGGACUAUUUUUACACGUACAAAACGAUGAACAAGCUAGAUGCCUACGAUUAUCUGCCCAAAAGUGUCACCGACCUCUUCAAAGACAAUGCGGGCACAGAUGUGACGGACAAAUGGCAGGACACUCCAGACUUCCGGAAUGCUCAGAUCUGUCUCGACUAUGUGUUCUACAAAGGAAAAGUCGACUUCCGAGAUAGCCCUAAGUGUACUGUCAAUAACUGGAUUCUGCUGGCCUUUACUGUUCUUAUCGGUGCCGUGGUUCUUGUCAAGUUUCUUGCAGCUCUGCAGCUAGGAUCCAAGCGCCGUCCAGCUCCACAAGACAAAUUCGUCAUCUGUCUUGUGCCAGCCUAUACGGAAGGUGAAGACGCACUUCGCAAAGGUCUUGACUCGUUGACUGCUCUCCAGUACGACAACAAGCGAAAGCUCAUCUUUGUCAUCUGCGACGGUAUGAUUGUCGGUGGCGGCAACGAUCGGCCUACUCCCAAGAUCGUUCUGGACAUCUUGGGUGUCGAUCCCAAGGUUGACCCUCCCGCCUUGCCUUUCAAGUCUAUCGGACAGGGAAGCGAUUUAUUGAAUUAUGGCAAGGUGUACUCUGGUCUCUAUGAGUAUGAGGGUAACGUGGUUCCGUACAUUGUCGUCGUCAAGGUCGGCAAGGAGUCUGAGCAGAGCCGGCCGAAGCCUGGAAACAGGGGUAAGCGUGACUCGCAAAUUCUCCUGCUCAACUUCCUGAACCGGGUGCACCACCGGUCUCCAAUGUCACCGUUGGAAUUGGAGAUGUUCCAUCAGAUCAACAACAUCAUCGGGGUUGACCCAGAACUCUACGAAUACUGCCUGAUGGUGGACGCGGAUACCAGUGUCCGAGAAGAUUCUCUGAACCGCCUGGUUGCUGCUUGCGCAAAUGAUUCACGGAUUGCCGGUAUCUGCGGUGAAACCAGUCUGCAGAACGAGGAACGAAGUUGGUGGACAAUGAUUCAGGUCUAUGAAUACUACAUCUCUCAUCACUUGGCCAAGGCCUUUGAGUCUCUCUUUGGGAGUGUGACGUGUCUGCCGGGAUGUUUCUGCAUGUAUCGAUUGCGAACCGCGGACAAGGGCCGCCCGCUGAUCAUCUCGGACAAUGUCCUUCGGGAGUACGCGGAUAACGACAUCGAUACGCUUCAUAAGAAGAAUCUUCUGUCUCUGGGUGAAGAUCGUUUCCUCACCACAUUGAUGACGAAGUACUUCCCUACCAUGUCCUACAAGUUUAUCCCCGAUGCCUAUGCCAGUACCGCCGCCCCAGAGACCUGGUCAGUUCUUUUGUCUCAGCGUCGACGAUGGAUCAACUCCACCAUCCACAAUCUGGUCGAACUUGCCGCCCUGAAAGAUCUGUGUGGGUUCUGUUGUUUCAGCAUGCGGUUUGUGGUGCUGCUUGAUCUGAUCGGAACCGUCAUCCUUCCGGCGACAUGCGUUUACCUGGGCUAUCUCAUUUACCGAGUUGCCAGCCACAGCGGACCGAUUCCAUAUAUCUCACUUGCCAUUCUGGCUGGUGUGUACGGUCUUCAGGCCAUCAUUUUUAUCGUCAAGCGACAGUGGCAACACAUUGGAUGGAUGAUUAUCUACAUCUGCGCGUUCCCGAUCUACAACUUCAUCCUGCCGCUGUAUGCAUUCUGGAAACAGGACGAUUUCAGCUGGGGUAGCACGCGUAUCGUCAUUGGAGAGAAAGGAACCAAGCGCGUCGUGGCCGUGGAGGAUGAAACAUUCGAUCCUCGCAGUAUUCCUCUCCAACGCUGGGAUGACUACGCUCUUGCGAACAACCUUCCGGGCCGCCGUGGAGACUUUGGCGCCAGCCAGGAGAAGAUCUACUCUACGCGCUAUGGGGAUGACGUCGCCCUGGAGAUGGAUGAUCUCCAUUCCAACUAUUCCUCGGUCAAGCCUGCAUCCACGAUCCUGACCGGCUUCCCCCACGGCCGACACGCGAGCCCAUACAUGCCACCCCAGUCGCCGGCACCAUUUGGUGGUAACAUCCCGGGUAACCGCAAUUCGCAUCUCUCGAGCUUUACCCGGUAUACCGAUAUCCCGCAGCAGCGGCAUAUGUCCAUGGGCAACCUAAGCCAUUACCAGGAUAGCCCAAUGGGCGCGAGCCGGCACAGCGUGGGGCUGAUGCAGAGCACGGACAAUCUGCUGGGGGUCGCCCGACAGAGCUCGCGCAGUCCCCUCGCCGGCGGUAUGAACUCUCGACCUGUCAGUGCAUUCGAUUUCCGCGCUGGCGGUGCCGGGCCGGAUGAGGGAGCCAUCACGGAAGCGAUCCGCGCCUGCCUAGCAGAGGUGGAUCUCGACACAGUGACCAAGAAACAAGUUCGUGCUUUGGUGGAACAGCGUCUACAGACGACCUUGGCAGGGGACAAGAAGGCGUUCCUCGACCGCCAGAUUGACCACGAGCUGGCCAACAUGUGA